AUGGCCGACCGCCUCUCACAGCUCCAAGAUGCAAUCGAUCAGAUGGCCACCCAGCUCUUCAGCGCCCUCCGCUACGUCGGCACCCACCACGACGCGGUCCCCGUCGGCGGCGAAGCCAAAGUCACAGACGAGAACGCCGUAAUCGACGACAAAGCCACAUUCGACGCCGCGAAAAUCGAGCUCGCCCGUGACCUCAUCUUCAAGUCCAAGCAGAUCGAGUUCCUGAUCACCUCGCUUCCAGGCAUCGGCGUGUCGGAGGACGAGCAGCAGGAGCGCCUGCGGAACCUCGAGAAUGAGUACAAGGAGGCGGAGGCGCAGCGGCUGGAGGCCGUGAGGGCGAGGGAGGAGGCGGCGGAGAAGUUGGAUAUGGUCAUUCGGAGCUUGAGGAGGUCGUAG